GUGCUCCAACUAGAGAGUGAGCACAGCCAUGUUAAUUGUCCAUGUCUCUCCCAGGGCUGCAGUCCACACUCUUCUUGUCUGUGUCCCGGGGCCACAUGAGGAUGCUGCCAUGGCUUCUUGUCUUCUCAGUUCUGGGCCUUGUGGCUGGGGAUGCUCCUGCCAUUGUCUCCCGCAAUGAGUGGGGGUCGAGAAUGUUUACCUGCAGUGCCCCGUUGACCCAUCCUGUGGCCUACGUCAUCACAGAUGAGCUCAGGGGGAUGGAAUGCCAGGAGCAGAACAUUUGCAGCUGGAAGCUGCGGGGCCUGCAGUCCCAUUCUGUCUACACCAAAGGCUGGUGCGACGUGCCAUACAACUUCCUGGUUGGGGAUGAUGGCAGGGUGUAUGAAGGUGUUGGCUGGAAAAUCCAAGGCUUGCAUACCCAAGGAUACAACAACAUCUCUCUGGGCCUCGCCUUUUUUGGCAAUAAAAUGGGUAGCAGUCCCAGCCCUGCUGCCUUAUCAGCUGCAGGGGGCCUGAUCUCCUAUGCCAUCCAGAAGGGUUACCUGUCACCCAGGUACAUUCAGCCACUUAUCCUGCAAAGUGAGACCUGCCUGGUCCCUCAACAGCCAGCGAGGUCCAGGAAAGCUUGCCCCAACGUCAUCACACGGCCUGCUUGGGGAGCCAGAGAGACACUUUGCUCUAAAAUGAACCUCCCAGUCAAGUAUGUCAUUAUCAUCCACACCGCUGAGACAAGCUGCAAUGUGUCUGUCGACUGCCAGAUUCGUGUCCGAGACAUACAGUCUUUUCACAUUGAUGAUAAGAACUUCUGUGACAUUGGCUAUCAGUUCCUGGUGGGCCAGGAUGGUGUCGUAUAUGAAGGGGUUGGCUGGCAUACCCAGGGUGCUCACACCUAUGGGUACAACGAUAUUGCCGUAGGAAUUGCCUUCAUUGGCAACUUUGUAGAAAAGCCACCGAAUGACGCAGCACUGGAGGCUGCCCAGAACCUGAUCCAGUGUGCUGUAGAAAAGGGCUACCUGAUUCCCAACUACCUCCUGGUUGGGCACAGUGAUGUGGUUAACACCCUGUCUCCCGGGAAGGCUUUGUACAACAUCAUUAAGACCUGGCCUCAUUUCAAGCACUGAGGGAGGCCCUGCUCCUUCUGACGCUGCUCCUCUCGAUGACUGGGGCUCCCUGUCUUCUCUCCCACCCUGCUGUGUGCCC